UGGGGUUUUAAAUCUAAACUUAUCUAUAAGUAGUUAGCAUAAGCCAGGGAAAACCCUAGGCAAGAAUCCGCAGCAUAGCCGAGCAGCCGCAAGCUUGGAAGCCAUGGGUAUUGAUCUCAUUGCCGGUGGCAGGAGCAAGAAGACGAAGCGCACCGCGCCAAAGAGCGAUGAUGUUUACCUGAAACUUCUAGUCAAGUUAUAUAGGUUUCUGGUGAGGAGGACUGGGAGCAAGUUUAAUGGUGUGGUUCUGAAGCGGCUUUUUAUGAGCAAGAUUAAUAAGCCCCCCAUCUCUCUCAGGAAGCUUAUCCACUACAUGAAGGGAAAAGAGAAUAAUAUUGCUGUGAUUGUUGGAACUGUGACUGAUGAUAAGAGGGUCCAUGAGAUUCCAGCGAUCAAGGUUACUGCUCUCAGGUUCACGGAGACGGCGAGGGCUAGGAUACUUAAGGCUGGAGGAGAAUGCCUGUCAUUUGAUCAGCUUGCCCUUCGGGCCCCUCUUGGGCAGAACACGAUUCUUCUAAGGGGUCCUAAGAACGCUAGAGAAGCUGUGAAGCACUUCGGACCUGCACCUGGCGUUCCACACAGCCACACAAAGCCCUAUGUUCGUUCUAAAGGAAGAAAGUUUGAGAAGGCUAGAGGUAGGAGAAAUAGCAGGGGUUUUAGGGUUUGAGCCCGUUCAUCUUUCCUUAUUUUUUACUUUUUAUGUGUUGCGAUCAAACACUUGGUGGAAGUUCAAUGUUUCUCUUGAAUUGCUAGUCUUCUGUUUCAAUUUCUGUUCGGCCUAGCCUGGUCUGGCCUGGUAGUAUUCAUAGUCUGAACUAUAUUUGUCAUCAAAUGUGGUACCAUGUUUUAAAGUUCUACCUUCUGUGGUUCCAAGCUUGACUAAACAGUUCACAA